AUGAACAACCCAGGCCUGAAGAAACCCAUCUCAAAUGCCGCCAGUCAAGCCAAAGACGCCUACCGAAGGGCUCACCAGUCGGGAUCUACGCCCCGAAGCACCAAUAUUGGUAGCCAUGGGGAGUCCUUUCAAGCAAAGAAGGAACGAAUGUUCACCCAGCCGUUGAUAUGGUGGUACGCUGGCACGGCUUUCCCGCUCCUCGCUGGCACAUUUGGGCCCAUGGCCAAUGCAUUUACCAUAUGUGCGUUGGUUGAACACUGGCGUGUCGCCAUACCACCAGGCCGUACCGAAGAACACGGAGUCGACAUACCGGACCCGAAGUGGCUGCUCGCUCUUAAUUCCUGUGCGCUUGCUUCGGCGUUGAUAGCCAACUUGUUCCUUCUUCUCAGCAUGGCUCGAAGGGUACGCUUCACCAUCGCCCAACCUGUCACAAUUCUUGGGUUCUGGAUAGCAAGCAUUAUGCAUAUCGUGCCCAUCAGUAUUGCCUCGCAUGGCCUCAAAGUCCCCAAUGUCAACGACCAAGCACUUUCGCAAGCUUAUUACUACGCAAUAUUUGGCGCCGCACUCUAUCAGAUUAUCUCGUAUCUGCUCUGCAUCACCGUCUGGGGAGCUUACAAAAACCAUUAUCGAAAGCGAUUCCGCCUGACAGGUGCACAACGAACCUUGAUGGUCCAGACCGUAGGUUUCCUAGUGUACAGCUGGCUUGGGGCGUUGGUCUACUCCAACAUCGAGGGCUGGAAAUUUUUGGACGCCAUCUACUGGUCCAAUUUGACCAUAUUGACCAUCGGCAUUGGAGACCUGUAUGUCCCAGCAACGACGCUUGGUCGGGCUCUUCUGUUCCCCUUUGCACUGGGAGGCAUCAUCUCGGUGGGUCUCGUGGUCGGUAGUAUACGCUCACUCAUACUGGACAAAGGGAGGGCCAAGAUGAGCAAACGGUUCACAGAAAGAAUGCGUCUGAAGGUGGUGAAGCAGAUUGCUCAUGCAGCCCGUAAUGAAUCCAAGAAGUCGCCACUUCUCGGUGGCUUGAGCAUGAGCAGACCGACAGACCCGGCCCUGAAUCCCAAGAACGAGGAAGACGAGCUUCGACGGAGAAUGGCAGAGUUCAAUGCAAUGAGAACGGUACUGAGAUCAGCGCAGCGCAGGCGCAAGUAUGUUGCACUAUUUACUUCGACGACUGUCGUUGGCAUACUUUGGACCAUCGGCGCUGUUGUCUUUUGGAGCUCGGAAAGACGGCAGGAAUGGAGCUAUUUUGAGUCCUUGUAUUUCUCCUAUACUACCCUUAUGACCAUUGGCUACGGUGACUUUCGACCCGAAAGUAACAGUGGCAAACCAUUUUUUGUGUUUUGGUCGUUACUUGCUGUCCCGAGCUUGACCAUUCUGAUUUCAAAUAUGGGCGACACAGCUGUGAAGUGGCUGAGAGACCUCACCAUCUGGGUGGGCGAAGUGACAUUGCAUCCUGGCCAGGGGAAAUCGACCUUGAAAAGUGCCAGCCGUAAGAUGCGCAAGUCGACACGGCGCAUGACUGGCCCCCGCAAGCUGGGGGAUCCUGAAAAGGGCACCUUACGGGACCAGUAUGAAAACCUGAAGGAUGUACAUCCGGAACUGGUGAAGCCUGUCGCCGAUCUGGCCCCAAAGCAGAGGGAAAAGAAGUGUAAUGGCACUCUUGCGGAUCCUAAGGAGCACGGAGUGCACAGCGAAGGAGACGAUCGUGAAAGAGAACAGUGUUAUAUACGCCUCCUUUUGGCGCGGGUCCGAAAAGUGUACGCUGACCAUAUCGCAGCACCCGAAGGUGCGAAGCGGUACAGCUACACAGAAUGGGCUUUCUUCCUGAAGCUUAUGGGUGAGGAUGAGAACAGUAGCGCCUGCCAUCGUCAAGCUCCGAAAAGGGGAACCAGAGGCCACCAACAAAGUCUGCAGCAGACCUCGACACGCAAAACGAGAACGCCGGAGUGCAAUGGAGUCAGCCACAAACCAGAUACCUCUGGAAGGGCGGCCGAGGAUCAAGACGACGAGCCAAAAAGAUGGAGUUGGCUUGGCGAACGUUCGCCCUUGAUAGGGCCACAGACCGAGAGUCAAUGGAUAUUAGAAAGGCUGUUCAAGCGGUUGGAACAUUGCCUGGAAGAUCAUUGGGAGGCUGACGAGCACGAGACCCGGAGAGCUGGGGAGGAACCACAACAGUGGGAUGGCACAGAAAUACCCAACUCGUCAGCAAGCAGGGCGAUUCCAGAAGGAUUGCAAUGA